AUGAAGUACAUUGAGACAGAGCUCAAGAAGAGGAAAGGGAUCGUGGAACACGAGGAACAGAAAGUCAAGCCAAAGAAUGCAGAGGACUGUCUGUACGAACUUCCGGAAAACAUCCGUGUCUCCUCAGCCAAGAAGACCGAAGAGAUGCUUUCCAACCAGAUGCUAAGCGGCAUCCCCGAGGUGGACCUAGGCAUCGACGCAAAAAUAAAAAAUAUCAUUUCCACGGAGGAUGCCAAGGCCCGUCUGCUGGCAGAGCAGCAGAACAAGAAGAAAGACAGCGAGACGUCUUUCGUGCCCACCAACAUGGCCGUGAAUUACGUGCAGCACAACCGAUUUUAUCACGAGGAGCUCAACGCCCCCAUUCGGAGAAACAAAGAAGAGCCCAAAGCACGACCCUUGAGAGUGGGUGACACGGAGAAGCCAGAGCCUGAGCUGGCCAUCUCGUGUUCCGUGGCAUGGAGCUACUCCGGUUCCCUCUAG